AAGCCCGAGUGGCAAUUCCCCCGUCAUCUGCAACGACGUUUCUCUCGUAGACCGUUGAAUUUUUCUUCAAAAUCACCUCUCCUCUCUUUCUCUCUCUUUCUGCUUUUUGGAAUCCUCAAUUCUCCCGGAAAGUGAAAGAAAAAAGGGAGUUCAGUUCAUCUUCUAACAAAAUCUCCAUUUCUGAGCUCUUCUUCUUUUGCUGCUGAGCCAAGACCGCUUUUGUCCCUUUUUGCUUCAGUUUUACUCCUCAGAUUCUCGAUUUUACUCCUUCAAAAUUAGGGCUUCCGGUUGCGCUUUGACUUUUUUUGUUCUUUUCUUUUGAGCUGAAAAGCUAGCUGCACGAUGCUGAAGAAGGGAAGUCUUAGCUUUUAGGCGGUGGUGAUGAAGAAGAAUAAGUUGGUAAUCAUGGAUCGGAGGGUGCCCGUGAUCUGGGUUUCUGCUUCUGCUGCUCUUCUAUGCUUCUUGUUGCCGUUUCUUCAAUUGUCACUAGUCUCUGGUAACUCUGAAGGUGAUGCAUUGAAUGCUUUGAAGACCAAUUUGGCGGAUCCUAACAAUGUUCUACAGAGUUGGGAUCCAACCCUUGUUAAUCCCUGCACAUGGUUUCAUGUUACGUGCAACAGUGACAAUAGUGUUACUAGAGUGGAUCUGGGAAAUGCAAAUUUGACGGGUCAACUGGUUCCACAGCUUGGUCAGCUUCCAAAUUUGCAGUACUUGGAACUAUAUAGCAAUAAUAUAAGUGGAAGAGUUCCUACUGAGCUUGGGAACUUAACUAAUUUAGUUAGUUUGGAUCUCUACCUGAACACCUUGAGUGGUCCUAUCCCCGACACUUUGGGCAAGCUCCAAAAACUUCGCUUCCUGAGGCUCAACAACAACAGUUUGACUGGUCUUAUUCCCAUGUCUUUAACCACAGUUACUACACUGCAAGUUCUUGAUCUGUCAAACAACCAUCUACGAGGACCAACUCCAGUCAAUGGUUCCUUUUCACUAUUUACUCCUAUCAGUUUUGCCAAUAAUCCAGAACUGCAAACUCCUCCGGUUUCUCCUCCUCCUCCACUUUCUCCAACACCCCCUUCUUCUCCAGUGGGCAACAGUGCGACUGGGGCCAUUGCUGGAGGGGUUGCUGCGGGUGCAGCUCUACUGUUUGCUGCUCCCGCAAUUAUGCUUGCUUGGUGGAGGAGAAGGAAACCACAAGACCAUUUCUUUGAUGUUCCCGCUGAGGAGGACCCUGAAGUGCAUCUUGGACAGCUCAAGAAGUUUUCUUUGCGUGAACUACAAGUUGCUACCGACAAUUUUAGCAAUAAAAAUAUACUGGGUAGAGGUGGAUUUGGUAAAGUUUACAAAGGGCGGUUAGCUGAUGGCUCGUUAGUUGCUGUUAAAAGACUGAAGGAGGAACGUACUCAAGGUGGGGAGUUACAGUUCCAGACAGAGGUUGAAAUGAUUAGUAUGGCUGUGCAUAGAAAUCUUCUCCGUUUGCGUGGCUUUUGCAUGACGCCAACUGAGCGGCUGCUCGUUUAUCCUUAUAUGGCGAAUGGAAGUGUUGCAUCUCGUUUAAGAGAGCGAUCUGACUCACAGCCCCCACUUGAUUGGCCGAUAAGGAAGUGUAUUGCUCUGGGAUCUGCUAGAGGCCUUGCUUAUUUGCAUGACCACUGUGAUCCUAAGAUCAUUCACCGUGAUGUCAAAGCUGCUAAUAUUUUGUUGGACGAGGAGUUUGAGGCAGUUGUUGGAGAUUUUGGACUUGCGAAACUUAUGGACUACAAGGAUACUCAUGUCACGACUGCUGUACGUGGUACAAUUGGGCAUAUAGCGCCGGAAUAUCUAUCAACUGGAAAAUCUUCAGAGAAAACUGAUGUUUUUGGUUAUGGAGUUAUGCUUCUCGAGCUCAUAACUGGGCAGAGAGCCUUCGAUCUUGCUCGUCUUGCCAAUGAUGAUGAUGUCAUGUUACUUGAUUGGGUUAAGGGGCUUCUAAAGGAGAAGAAGUACGAAACAUUGGUUGAUGGAGAUCUUCAGGGUAAUUAUAUUGAAGAAGAGGUGGAGCAGCUGAUUCAGGUAGCUCUGCUGUGCACGCAGAGUUCCCCCGGGGAACGUCCAAAGAUGUCGGAUGUUGUGAGAAUGCUUGAAGGUGAUGGGCUUGCAGAGAGGUGGGAAGAGUGGCAGGAGGAGGAAAUGUUCCGAUCAGACAUAAACCACAUGCACCACCCUAACACUGAUUGGAUUAUUGCUGAUUCCACUUCAAAUCUUCGCCCAGAUGAGUUAUCUGGCCCAAGAUGAUCUUUCUCUUUCACCCAUUCUUCACAUAUAGGACUGGAUUAUGGAAAGUUUUUACUUUUGUAAUUGUAAUUCAUACGCGCUGUCGUCUUUGUGCAUAUUUUCUUUUCUUUUCUUUGCAUUUGCUCUCUUCAGAGUUGUUUCAUGUCUUAGGAAUUUUGAUGGCAUCACAAUGUCCAUAGGCUGCUGCUGAACAUUACAUUA